CACAUGAGGAAGGCGGAUGAGGUACCAGUUACUUAUCUGGUUGUAGAUUCAGGAGCUUUUAUCAAACACGCACCCUUACAGGAUAUUGGCGCGAAUAUUUACACCAUUCCAGAAGUUUUACAAGAGCUCAAGUGUGAAAAGUCGCGACACCUGAUUGAGAGUCUUCCUUACGAAAUUUUGCUAAAGGAGCCAACACCUGAGUCAAUAAAAAUAAAGUUGUGUAAUGUUAUUGCUAUGGAUUUUUUGGCAGUAAUAUUUCGUGGGGUUACAUCAGAUAGUGUUGAUGAUUUGGAUUUUAAGGAAAUUCCCGACAUAUUCUCGUUUAAUGAUGUUUCGAAGAAAACUGGAGAUUAUAGCGCGCUUUCCCUUGUCGAUACCAAAGUGCUUGCGUUAACUCAUGAUCUUUUCUUGGAGCACUGUGGAAAAGAUGGCCUUGUUUAUGACGUAAAAAUUGUGAAAGCUAUGGGGACCACUGAUGAUUCGAAAACUAGGCUAUCUUUCAGUUCGGAAGUCAGUGACGAGAAGUUCAGUAAAGAACAAAAUGGCGACGAUACUUAUAGAGUUUCAUCUGUCGUUGCAGGCUUCUACAAGCCUACAGCUAAGUUUGGUAGUGUAGAAAGUGAGCCUGAUCCUGGCGAAGGUUCUAGUACGUCUUCAGAUGAGGACGGAUGGGUAGAUGAAGGAAAUUUUGAAAGUGUCUUACGUAGGCUUGGAGCAAUUAUUGUGCCUCAAGUUAAUGUGCAGGUAGCUUGUAUUACAACGGAUUUCGCUAUUCAAAAUGUUCUACUUCAAAUGGGUUUGCCGCUGUUUUCUUUGGAGGGAUACCGCAUAAAGCGUUUGAAAUCAUACAUACUGAGAUGUCAAACUUGCUAUAACACUACCUCUGAUAUGGGACGGAAAUUUUGUAAACAGUGUGGAAACCAAUCGUUACACAGAGUCGCUGUUACAGUCAAUGACGAUGGAAGUAUGCAGAUGCACUUGAAUCCGAAAAAAGUUUUUUCUAAGAAGGGGUUAAAGUACUCUCUUCCUGCCCCUAAAGGUCCCGUUUUUUACGUCAAUUUUAUUAAAUGCGGAAAGCACGGUAAUGAUCCUCAAUUAUUUGAAGACCAGCCGAUACCCCAAAACAGGAUGGCCAAACAAAAAACAAAUCUGUUGUCCUCAGAUCCUUUCGAAAUGAAUGACGUUACCAGCAGAAUCCUAUAUUUUAAUUUCAUUACAAUAUUUAGGUGUGAAAUGCCGAAUUAUUACUGCCACCAGUGUGAGCAGUCAGUUCGACUUCGUGAUGGGGAUUUCAUUUGUUCGACAUGUGGUAGUGAUUUCGUAGAAGAGCUUCAACCAGACAAUAAUUUACCAACCCCAUUAGCUACACUUUUUGAUGGCUUUUGGAUGCCUGGGGAAAGUGACACUGGUGACAGCCGUGCGGGGACUUCUACUGACCAACCAGUUAUCGGCGGUUACGCCGUAACCACAGAUGAUCAACCGAAUAACACAACCAAUUCGCCGUUAGGUGUACCGCCUAAUCGUACUUCAGAAACUGGUACUGAUGCUUCUCCUGAAGCUUUUAUUACCUCAUUCUUGAAUCAGGUUUUAUCUAACCUUUCUCCACAUGGGACACGUAUACAGUUGCAAGUCUCGAGAGAUCCGAAUUACAUCAAUGUUGUUCGUCCACUGUCAGAUUACGUUUUUGGUGAGGGUGGACUAGAUGAAGUUGUGACACAUCUUUUAAAUCAGUUCGAUGGAGGUUCCAGUCCGGUUGAUCCGAAGUAUAUGGGUAACCUCCCUAGAUCGACUGUUGACGAAAAAUUAAUAAAUGAUAAUGAAAGAUGUCCAACGUGUAUGGAGGUUUUUGUUAAGGAUGAAGAAAUUGCAAAACUUGAUUGUCACCAUUGUUUUCAUCCAGACUGCAUAAUACCUUGGUUUAAUAGGCGUAAUACUUGUCCAGUUUGUCGUCAGGUAGUGGAUGCAUCGAAGUGGCCUAGUAAAGACCCUCUCGAAGAGCUGGAUUAA